AUGGGUCAGCCCAUUCCGAAUGAUUCCUCAUUGGCAUUUGCGGCUGUGCCACAGAAUUCGUCUUGGCGGCUAGUCGGCAAGAAAGGUUUGUGUAUGCGCCUUUUGGGCUUCAAAGACUGCCUGGUUCUGACAUUUAUUCCUCCACUCUUGUCCCACUGCUACCCAUGGCAGUAUUUUGCUUUAAUUUCCAUUUUUCGCGAUAACUUCUCUCCGGCCAUAUGCGUCACUUGUGGGCAUGUGGAAAAAUCCCUGCCACAGACAGCCAUUGAUCACUGUCCAUUCAGGGGACCACAUCUGGUACAUAAUGGCAUAUUGGCUUCGGGUCAGUCUAGUGCUCUCGCAGGAGCAGAUUCCUCCUCUACUCCUUCAGGCAGCCGGGCAGCCAAACUGAUGGUGGGCAGUCGCGAAUGGGGCCGGUCAGUAGCGCGUUUCCGUUGUCUAGCCAACCUGGCCUGGCUAAAUUUGUGCAGGCAAUACUGCCUAUUUUUGACGCAUCUGCCUUGCGCAAAUUGA